AUGGCAUCUUUAUUCUCCAAGGCGUCCGCCGCCGGCAUUAUGGCCAUGCUCCCGUCUGCUUUGGCGGGCUUUAACCCCGGAUCCAGAAGCAGUCUUGCGGUGUAUUGGGGGCAAAACUCAUACAAUCAAGACUCCGGGCAGUACGCCCAGCAGCGUCUAAGCUACUAUUGCGCCAACACCAACAUUGACAUCAUUCCUCUGGCCUUUAUGAAUGGCAUCACACCGCCCAUGACCAACUUUGCCAACGCGAACUACAAAUGCACCGCAUUCCCCGGCAACAAACAUGUCCACAGCUGCCCGCAGAUUGCCGACGAUAUUCGCCAAUGUCAGGUCUCGUAUGGCAAGACCAUCAUCAUUUCCCUCGGCGGUGCCACAUACUCCCAGGGAGGCUGGUCGAGCGCCAGCGAUGCCGAGAGUGCCGCGCAACUGGUUUGGGACAUGUUUGGUCCCGUCGUCUCUGGCUCGAGUGUCGACCGCCCCUUUGGCUCCGCGGUCGUGGACGGCUUCGACUUUGACUUUGAGUCUGCUACGAACAAUCUGCCCGCCUUUGGGGCAAAGUUGCGCAGCCUGAUGGAUGCUGCCGGCGGGAAGAAGUACUACCUCAGCGCCGCGCCGCAGUGCGUCUUCCCCGACGCAGCCAACGGCGCGGCCCUCAAUGCCGUUGCCUUUGACUUUGUCAUGGUCCAGUUCUACAACAACUUUUGCGGCGUGUCCAACUUCCAGACCGGGGCCGCAGCUCAGAGCGCCUUCAACUUUGACGUCUGGGAUAACUGGGCCAAGAACACCAGCCCCAACAAAAAUGUCAAGCUUCUUCUCGGCAUCCCCGCCGCCCCUGGCGCUGGAGAUGGCUUCGUCAACGGCGCUAUGCUCAAGGCCGCGAUAAGUUACGCGCAGCAGUUUAGCAGCUUCGGGGGCGUCAUGAUGUGGGACAUGUCCCAGCUGUACGCGAAUGACGGCUUCCUGAAUGAGGUUGUUGGCGAUCUUGGCAGCAGCACUUCUCCUCCAAGCAUCACCACCGCCGCAACCCCCACCAGGACCGUCACUCCCACCGGCUCUCCCAGCUCUCCCAGCAGCGACACGCCUCCUUCGGGUAUUCUUAUCGCCCGUUGGGGUCAGUGCGGCGGCCAGGGAUACCAAGGUCCCUCGCAGUGCCAGUCUCCGUACGCCUGCGUCAGCAAUUCACCAUGGUGGUCCCAGUGCCAGUGA